AUGGCCGUGAAGCUGGACAUGUCCAAAGCAUACGACAGAGUUGAAUGGAGCUUCUUGGAUGCAAUGAUGGCAAAACUGGGAUUCCACUAUAAAUGGAGAAACUGGAUCAUGGAAUGCUUAAGAACAGUAACAUACUCUUUCUCUAUAAAUGGAGAAGUUAAAGAAUAUGUCACUCCAGGAAGAGGCAUUAGACAAGGGGAUCCCCUAUCCCCCUAUCUAUUCCUCCUCUGUUCAGAAGGGUUCUCAAAUCUCCUCAGACGAGUUGCAGAGAGCAAGAAGAUUUCAGGGAUGAGAAUUUGCAGACGGGGACCAAGCAUUACGCACUUAUUCUUUGCAGAUGAUUCACUAAUCUUCUGCAAAGCAAACCAGCAACAAGCAACAGAGCUUAUGAGGGUGCUGCAAGUGUAUGCCACUGGAUCAGGUCAACUGAUAAAUCUCGACAAGUCCUCCAUCCUGUUCAACAAAAAUGUGAGUCCAGUAGAGAAGCAAGAGAUCUGCCAGAUCAUGGGGAACAUGCAACAGUACCAAAAAGAUUGUGCAAAGAUAUCAGCUCCAUUAUGUCUAACUACUGGAGAAGUAAAUGGUAAGAAUAAGGUUCACUGGUGCUCUUGGAAGAAGCUCACUCAAGUCAAGGAAAAGGGCGGCUUGGGAUUCAAGGAGCUGGAAGCUUUCAAUACUGCAUUGCUAGGCAAACAGGUGUGGAGGAUACUUACACAACCAAAUCUCCUAGUCAGUCAAGUACUAAAGGCCAAAUAUUUCCCCAUGAGCUCCAUAUUCAAGUGCAAAGUUCCAAACAAUGCAUCUUGGAUGUGGAGGGGUCUGAUGGAAGCAAGGGAAUUAGUGGAACAAGGAGUUAGAAGGAGAAUAGGCAAUGGAAGGAGUACACAAAUUUGGAAUGACAAAUGGAUUCCAGACGCAACCAAUGGGAGGGUGACAACCAAGAGACAAUUGGAUAGCAGUCCUCACAAGGUGGACGAACUGAUAAUUCAGAAAAGAUGGAAUAGGAUCUUGGUAUUCCAGCUUUUUAAUGAAGUGGAUGCAGAACGAAUCCUGAGCAUUCCAAUUAGUUUAUCAGGAAGAGAGGACAGUUACUUCUGGAUGCAUGGUGCUGAUGGUAAGUACUCAGUCACUUCUGGGUACAAGGCAUUGAUAUCCAGUAGAGAAAGGUCACAAAAAGAUAUUCAGGAGGAGGUGUCCACGAGCUGGGAGCAACAAAAUAAUAAGAUGUGGAAAGUAAUGUGGAGACUCAAAAUCAAACACAAGCUAAAGAUAUUCCUGUGGAAAUGCUUGAAUAAUGCACUGCCAGUGAGAGAGAUCAUCCAUGGAAGAACCAAAGUAGGUGAUCCCUUUUGCAGAAGGUGUGGGGAAGGAAGGGAGACAGUAGAGCAUACGCUACUGAAUUGCAGAGAAGCUAAACAAAUUUGGCAGUUUGCACCUAUCCAAUGGGAAGGCACGCAAGAAUAUCAUGGAUGUUUCAAAAGAUGGUGGACAGCAAUCACCGAGGCAAGGUAUAGAGCAUCAGGAUCACAACAUCUGGCCCUAACUGUCAACAUUCUGUGGCAGAUAUGGAAGGCCAGAAAUGAUUGGGAAUUCAAGGGGGAAUAUCAUCAGCCGUGGAGGACAAUUAAGAAGGCUCAGGAGGAAUGGCUAGAAUUUGAAGAAGCAACAAACAAGGAAACUAGGAUGAGCACAGGAGAAACAUCACUUGACAACCAUGAUGACCAGCAAUUAGAGCCGGAAGGAGGAACAGUGAUCAUGAGAGUUGCGGCAACAAGUUACACAGACAAACCUGUCUUAGGCAUUGGAAUCACUUUAGCUGAGGGGAACCAAGAGCCAAAGAUAGGAUGGGCAUUAAGAGAAAGAAGUUCAGGGGUGCAGCUAGUGGACGAAGCAGUAGCACUUAAGCUGGCUAUGUGCAAAGCAACCACCUUGCAACAAAGGAAGGUACAAUUCCAGGUUCUGAACAAGCAACUCCUCAAUCACAUACGAUCUCAAAAGGCAAGUGAUAUUAGAAUAGCUACUCUGGUGGAGGAUAUUGUACAAUUGAAAGGGCUGUUUCAUAUGUGCUCCUUUUGUCUAGUUAAUAGUGGUAACAAUCAUCUAAGUUCUAGGAUUAGUCUAUAUGCCUUAGGCAUCACAAUCGAUGAGGAACUUUUGUUUCCUCAGUGUUAA